GUAGCACUGAAUGAUUAGUAUUAACUGAAUCAGACGAUUGGCAAGUAAAAGUAGAUAAUUAUGUAUAUUUUUAAAUAUGCUUAAUCUUAGAAUAUGUUCAUCCACAAAUGCAUAAUUUGAAGUGGAAUUGUUGUGAAAACAUACAAAUGAGAUUCAUUGACUAAUUAUAGACAUUGUUGGAAAAGGUGGACACAUGCACAAUUAUUUUUAGUACCUUAAUAAAGUCACAUUAUGGAAUCCAAUGAGGGAGGACAGUGUCUGUUAAAAAUAUGAUAAAACUGAGUUUUUGUUAUUUAUGUGCUUUUACAUGUCCAUUCGCCACCAUUAGCAAACAGCUUAGAUUCAACUGUUUACACUCUUAGUGACGAGUCCGGUGGCUAAACACUCAUGUUGACACUGUUUCACGACAAUUGACAAGUUUUGUCAAACGCAACAUCUGCUGUGUGAAAAUGGUGAAUUUCAGAGAGAUUCUGGCAACCAUCAGAGAUUUGGGUUCUUUCCAGAAGGUUCUCAUUCUUGCCUUAACCUUCCAAAAUGACUUACUACACACUUUCUUUUUUAGUUUUUUUAAUUUGUGGUAUCAAGGUUUUCAUUAAAUCUGGGAUACUUUUGCCUCGCUCUGAAUGUGGGUAAGUUUGGCCUCAGCAUCUCCCCAGCACAUCUCCUUUGUAUCUGGGUUCUGGAGUUGGUGGGGAGAAGAAUAUCCCUGAUAUCAACCGUCCUGACAGGAGGUUUGGUUUUGCCUCCUUACCCUAAACAAGUCAUUACAUAUUUUUGAAUAUGCCUAAUCAUAAAAUAUAUACAUCGACAAAUGCUUAACCUAAAGUAGAAUGUUUGUGACAACCUACAAAUAAGAUCUUCCCUGUCAAAUUAUACGUAGUUGGAAAAUGUUGACAUAUGCAAAAUAAUUUUGAGUAGCUGAAUGAAGUCACAUGAUAGAAUCCAAUGAGGGAGGACAAUGUUUGUUAAAAAUUUUAUGAAACGAAGUUUUUUGUUUAUGUGCUGAAAUAACAUGUCAACCAUUAGCAGACCAAGUCUACAUUCAAGUGUUCACACAUUUACAGACUGACUAGUCAUGUGGUUAAAUAUUUGACAGUGUUCCAAGCCAUACUAACACAACUGACCAGUUUGGUCAAACACAUCAUCUGCAGUGUGAAAAUGGUGGAUUUCGGAGAGAUUCUGGUUACCAUCGGAGACUUCGGUUUUUUCCAGAAAGUUCUCAUUCUUGCCUUAACCUUCCCAAAUUUCUUGCUGCCACCUUUAUUUAGUAGUUUUCUUUUUGUCCAGUUAAAUCCAGACCGACACUGUAACACAGACUGGAUCCUCAGAGCUGAUGCUAACCUGACCACAGAUGAGCAGCUGAACCUGACUCUACCCCGGGAAAAGGAUGGGAACUUCAGCAGGUGUACGAUGUUUGUCCCUGUGGUCUGGAACAUCAGUGUCAUCAGGGAGUACGGACUCAAUGAGACUACAGGCUGCCAGAAUGGAUGGGUGUACUACAGCACUCUGUAUGAGGCCACCAUUGUCACUGAUUUUGAUCUCGUCUGUGACAAGUCUAUUAUGGUCGAAGUUGUGCAGAUAGUCAUAAUGGGUGGUACACUUAUUGGUGCCAUUAUCUUUGGACCUGCAGCUGAAUCGUAUGGCCGCAGGAGAGCUACCCAGCUGACAGUUGUCCUUCUGCUAAUAUUUGUCUUAGUUUCUGGUUUGUCUCCAAAUGUCUAUGUUUACAUGGUGUCACAGUUCAUUGCUGGAGCUGCACUUGGAGGAUACAGGAUUAACUCCAUUGUAAUAGCUACUGAGUGGACUGGGGUCACCAAAAGGUCCCUCGCGUCCUGUUUGAGCCAGAUGUUUGGGGCUCUUGGACAGUGCGCCACGGCUCUUCUGGUCUAUGUUAUUCGUGACUGGAGAAAAGCACAGUUUGUCUUGGCAGGAGCACAGGCCUUUGUAUUCUUGUACAUAUGGUGGAUUCCUGAAUCUGCAAGAUGGUUGUUGGCACAUGGAAGAACUGAAGAAGCUAAUAAGUUGAUAUGUAAAGUUUCAGCAAUCAAUAAAAAGAACAUCCCAGAGAAUCUUCUCCAGACGGUAACUGGGGAACAAGAAGUUCAGAGUGGAGGAAUCAAAACAAUAUUUACCUCAAGAGUCCUCUCGAAAUAUCUCUUUAUUAUAUAUUUUGCCUGGUUUUCAUUAAAUCUGGGAUACUUUUGCCUCGCUCUGAAUGUGGGUAAGUUUGGCCUCAGCAUCUUCCUGGUUCAGUUCCUGUUUGGAAUCACUGAGAUCCCAGCACAUCUCCUUUGUAUCUGGGUUCUGGAGUUGGUGGGGAGAAGAAUAUCCCUGAUAUCAACCGUCCUGACAGGAGGUUUGGUUUGCCUCCUUAUCCUGGUUUUUCCUCAAGAAAACGCCGUUGUUGUCACAUCCCUUGUAACCACAGGGAAAUUCUUUUUGAACUGGGGUAGUUCAGUUUGUAUGAUCUACAUUCAAGAGCUGUUUCCCACUUCUGUCAGGCAGACAGCUGUUGGCCUGGGCUCCACAGCAAUUAGAGUAGCAGGGUUGAUAUCUCCGCUGCUCAACAUGUUGGCCAUUUACCACCAUUCCAUACCCAUCGCAGUUUUCAGCAGCUUUGCGGUGGUCAGUGGAGCUCUUGCCCUCCUCCUUCCUGAGACCAGCAAAAAAGAGCUUCCUGAUUUAAUUGAUGAGGCCGAGGACAACCGGAAUAUUACAACCAAGAAGAGUGCAGAGGACUCCGACACUGCUGAAAACAACAAAACAAAAUCAACGAAACUCUAG